GAGCACGGUGGUGCAGCCCCCAGACGAGCAUUAAUUAGGACAAAGGGUGCUGCUCGUUAGCCCCAGCUGGGCACCAGGUGCAGCCCCCAUUGGGCUGAGGGUAUUUAAGGGGCAUUUGGAGGGGCCUUUUUUGGGAUUUUCUGCAGUAGUUGGCCUGCCUGCUGGUUCUGACCCUACAGCUCAGUUAUGGGGGAACAGCGGGGAGCGCUGGGGGUGCUGCUGCCCACGCCGCCCCCCGAGGUGCUGGGUGCGGUGCUGAGCCAGCGGCACGGCCCCCUGCCCCACGCAGCCCCCAUCACCCGCCUGCGCCGCGGCCCCACGGGGGGGUACAAGGCCCUGGGGGACCCCGAGGGGGUCCUGGAGCGGCGGCGCGUGGCCAACGCCAAGGAACGGGAGAGGAUCCGGAACCUGAACUCGGGGUUCUCGGCGCUGAAGGCGCUGGUGCCGCUGGUGCCGCGCGACCGCAAACCCAGCAAGGCCGACACGCUGCGCGCUGCUGCCGAGUACAUCCGCCUGCUGCGGGGCGUGCUGCGGGACGCGGGGGGGCUGCAGGUACCCCCACCCCAAAAUCCCACGCGGGGAGGGCGGGGGUCUUAAAAGGGAGAAGUGUUGGGGGCUGCGUUGUGCCCCUCG